GCCCAGGCACAGGCACAGGCGGCGCAUCUCAAGCAAAUGAAAAAUCAGACCAAACAUACCCAUGCACAGACCAAACAGACGCAAGCCCAGGCUCACUUGGCUCAGGUACAGCGGAAUCAAACACAACAGGCGCAACAAGCGCAGCAACAACAACAGAGUCAGCUAGCGUAUCAGACAUACCAUCAACAGCAACAACAACAACAACAACAACAACAGCAGCAGCAGCAGCAGCAACGCCAGCAUUUGUCGGCCAACUCCCAGUCCACCUCCACUGGGUUCACGGGCGCCCCUGCACCUGCACCUGUCCCCACAAAUCCGGGCUCAAAUGCACCCACUGCUGAGCAGCAAAGGACUCUCCAGAUGCAGAAGCAGAUUGCAAUCUUUGCACAGCAACAAAAGUUCCUACAGACAAUCGCCAAUGCGAGCACCAAUAGCGCGCAAAUCCUUGCCACAAAGCAGAAACUGCAG